CUCUCCGACAAGAAUACCAAGUAGCUUGAGAACGUCUUCCCCUCUCUCCUCUUCGCUCCGCGAAGACUACCCACCACUGCAGAUACGCCCCGUCCAACUGCUUUACUAUGGCCCUCACUGCCCUUCCCUUCGAGAUCGAGUCUCACAUAUUCGAUGGCAUGUGGCUCGGCGACCUUCACUCUUUGUCGCUGGCUUGUCAUCGACUGCAUGCUGCGGUAAACCCGCGGCUUUGGGCUGACCUCAAUUUCGUGGUAUCCCAUAAUGAAUGGACUUUGGACGAUUAUGUGCGCUACGGACCUAUUUUCAAGACUCCUGAGCCGAUACUGUCUAAACGCGACCUCGUGACUUGCAUCAGCGCUCACGACCGGGCCUUUCGGUUCUGGAGAGCUGCAGCUAUUGUGCGGGAUGAGACGUGGGCUCUUGUCAAGUCGCUCAAGGCUGAUACCUGCGUUCUGGACGGUUCUCUGAUCUUUUAUGAACUGCCUAGGGAGCCAGGCUAUAUUCAGAAUUACGAGUUUCCGUUACAUGAGGGCCAGUUUGCGAGGCGAAUUGCGCGUAUACUCGACGCGGGGAAGUUGCUUUCGUUGCGGAGAGCCGAGAUUGAAUUAUCAGGAAGCGAUAUGGGCUGUGGUGUUUUCAACUUCCCAGCGUUGCAGAACUUCUGCCGCAGCUUGGGUCGUCACGCAGGCUACUAUGCGAAUUCCUUCGAAGUGGUCAUUGUUGCCCAUUCACUCUCCUUUCUCGAGAGUUUCGCGGCUGGAUCGCCACUGGCUAUGCGGACCGUGCGUAUUUUGAAGGUAAACAUCCUGGAGUGGAGCGAGCACAUCGAUAGACUUCGGCGACUGCUCUCGGAUGCUCCGAAACUCGAAUCAUUAUCAAUUGGCGCGGCCACAGGCGUGGUUCGCGACCCAACAUACAAUACUAGUUUUUCGGAAGAUACGGAUAACGAGGAUGGACGUUAUAUCUCGGACUCCCUCCAGGACGCUAUUGCGGCAUUGCCGUCCCUGCAGAUUUUCGCCGGGAACAUCGAAUGCGGCCUCCGUCAACUCCAUUCGGACUGCUUUCCCCAUCACCUGCGGUGCAACUGGGCGCCCGCCACACUGAAAAGAUUGUUCAUUGAUGCGAACGGUCUCCGUAGCCGGCAUUAUGGUAUCUUCUGGCGCAACUUUGCUUCGCUGAGAUUACCUGGACUUGAUCUUUUGACGAUCAUAAGCGGUCGUCGCGAGGUCCACACACGGGUAGACGAAGUCUUUUUUCACGAUCUCAAAAUCCUACAGCUUGAGGUGGACCGCGAAACACCAGUCGGACUCGCGGAAGCUAUAUUCCGUGCGAACCCAGGGCUCGUGCACAUAAACACCUCCAUUUAUUCCGAAGAGGCGAUUGCAGUGCUUGUGGACAACAAUAGGCGGAAGCCAACGCUGAGGACUUUUAGGGCGCCGUCGAGCCACGGCACCCGUCUGAGCGGCUUUGAUUUUGCAGGAAUCGAACGCCUCGCAGAAGCUGCCGCCACAACCCUGCGGAUCCUUCAGAUACCCCUUGAACCGGUGGCGCUUUUGACCGAGGCAUUCGUUAGGUCAGUGAUCAUAUCUGCCGAGAUGUUGGAGGUCUUCCUAGUGUAUCUCGGUGGGACCCAAGGUGCCAACUAUUCGUCCGGCGAUCCUUCCAAGCCGACUCCCGGAGACCCCAGCCUGUCGCGGUAUAUACAGAGAAGGCGUACAAACAAGGGCACCGACGGAGUCCUCGAUUGGAAGGGCUACAUGAUUGUUUCUGCUGCUAUCGGUGCGUUUUCCAUCGACGUCGACGCAUUUCGGCGAGACUGCGGGGCCAGCACCUAGAUGCGCAGUGUAGGAUUUGGCUGUUUGGGCCGUGAUGCGGUAUUCUGUCUGUUCUAGCAUGUGUGGGAGGACUAGUUCGUUUGGGGAUACGGGGUGGAUGCAACAGUGGUGUCCGUGAAUCGAGCGAAAGAGGUCACUUGCCAUACCGCCUGGUACAAUCGCGGAUGGCAUGCCGUGAUGUCGCCACGUUAUCACCAAUAGAGCCAGCCUAACCAUCCCUUCGCCUCCGCUUCGCCUUCUUGCC